AUGACCCAAGACAAGAAGACUGUGGUCAUUAUUGGUGCGACAGGCCUUCAGGGAGGCUCUGUUGUCCGGACACUUGCCAAAUCUCAGGAAAGGUACAAUAUCCGCGGUCUAACCCGAAAUGUCUCUUCCCCCAAAGCCGAAGCCUUGAAGGGACUUGGCAUUGAAGUACACCAAGCAGACGUUGAUGAUCCAGAAAGUCUCCGACAAGCCUUCGAAGGCGCCAACGUCAUCUUCGCCAUGACCGACUUUUGGCAGCACAUGUCCGCUGCCAAAGAGGAAGAGCAAGGCAAACGCAUCAUGGAUAUAGCCGCUGAUCUACCCCAUCUCGAGCAAAUCAUCUGGGCGAGCUUGCCUGACGCUAAGACUAUCUCGAACGGGAAGUAUCCCCAUGUCUAUCAUUGGCAGAGCAAAGCAGCUGUAACAAAUUACAUUCGAACUGAGAAACUUGCUCUGUGGAAGAAGACGACUGCGGUGUUGUUUCCGAAUUACUUUGAGAAUUGUCUCACGCAGCCGCGUACUUAUCUUCCUAUCAAGCAAGAUGACGGGACUUAUUUGAGAUCCUUUGUUCUGCCUGAGACAACUCCGCUUCCGAAUGUCGCCAUCUCUGAUACCGGCAAGUUGGUCCAGUAUAUCCUCGAUCAUCCCGAUAAAUGCCUCGAGAAGGAAAUUGCCUUCUACUCCGAGGCCAUUUCAGAAGGAGAAAAGAUCAAGUCCAUGACAUCUGCAUAUGGCAUUGAUAUACACUAUAACGAGCUCUCAUAUGAGGAGUUCCAAUCUAUUCUAAAGAGCAAGAUGGACGACAUGUGCGCUCUUGACUUUACAGAGCAACUGCUAAUCUUUCGAGACUUUGGCAUGAUUUAUGCUCGUCCUGAGUUCAUGCAGGCUAAUGAGCUUCCUGGCCUUGAUCUUAUGAAGUGGGAGGAUUUCAUGGCUGCCAACAAUUUGGCCGAAUACAUGACGACUAGCAACUAA